UUCGAUUUUGAUAUAUGGCUCUCUGCAGUCUGCACACAACUUUUCCCUCUCUUUCAUUACAGUUCACGCCUCUCUUGUCUCAUUAUAUCCCAAAUAAAUAAAUGAAGAAAAUUAAAUAUGAACACACAGAGAGAGAAGCGAUACUGAAACGGUCUGCAUCAAUGGCUACCGCUGCCGCACGAUCAACGCCGGUGAAGCGAAGAAGAACCGACGACGGAAAGCAAAUCGUCUUAAUCGACGGACUUCCCGACCACAUAUCGGAGAUCUGCCUUUCCCUCGUAUUCCGUCCGUCGCUACUCGCCGCCGUUUGUACACGGUGGCGCCGCCUCGUAUACUCUCCCGAGUUCCCACCGUUCUCGUCUCUCUACGCGCUUUUCGUCGCCUCGAGCUCGGAUCCGGCUCCGGGUUUCCGUCGGGUUAACUCAGCUAUCCGGUUAAUGUGUUUCGACCCGGUUUCUUCCAAAUGGGAUCCGCUCCCUCCUCCUCCGCCAGAACUACCUCUUAACCGGAUUAUCUACCGUCAUCCGUCGUAUAUUUCCUUUAAUUUACCGAUUCAGUGCGUUUCCGCCUCCGGAAAACUUGUUAUCAUCGCCGGGAGUAACCAAGAACUCUCUCCGGCGAUCUCUCACCCUCUAAUUUUCGAUCCGAUCUCUUCUGCAUGGACCUCCGGGCCGCCGAUAGGAACGCCGAGACGGUGGUGCGCAACCGGAGCUUGCGGCGGAGUUAUCUACAUCGCUAGUGGUAUGAGUUCGCAAUUCUCGUCAACCGUCGCGAAAUCGAUCGAGAAACUCGAUCUCACGGAUCAUAAUCGCAGUAACUGGGAGAAACUGAGGGAGAUGAGAGACUUACGGUUUAGCCGUGAAGCCAUUGACGCAGUUGGAUGGAGAAGGAAGCUCUUAAUGGUGAAUGUAAAAGGCGACGCAGUUAAAGAAGGAGCUAUAUACGACGUCGUUAAUGACGAUUGGGAAGCGAUGCCGGAGGAAAUGGUGGCGGGAUGGAGAGGUCCGGUGGCGGCGAUGGAGGAGGAGACGCUUUAUUCAGUUGAUGAGAAGAAAGGAACAGUGAGGAUAUACGAUGCCGAUAACAGAGAGUGGAGAGAAGUAGCGGUGGUGGAAGGUGGUGAAGAGUUGCUUAAAGGAGCUCAGCAAAUAACGGCGGUAGCCGGAAAGCUUUCUAUUAUUACCGUUGACGGAAGAAUUGUAAUGGUGGAUGUUAUGACGGAGCCGGCGAAGAUUUGGACCGUGGAAAAACCUCAAGGGCUUGAACCGGUUUCGGUUCAUGUAUUACCAAGGAUGAGCCGACCGGAUUUUAGCUGACGUAUAAUGUUUGAAAUAUACUAUAAUUUUGUUCUUUUUCUUCUAUACGGAACUCUUUUUUUUUUUUUUGAUUAUUUCUCUUAUUCUGCGAGAAAAAGUGUGCUCUUGUCGUUAUUUUACCUUCAAGUCAGAUGCUUACUUCAGAAA